GUGUCCUGCCAUUGACUUUGACAGAUAAAGACGUGAAGUCCACCCGUUCCACAAUCAGUUCUCCGAACUGUAUCAGUCUGGCCUCCGGAUGACUCUAUACGAAAAGUGAUCUGCGGCGACCAGUCAAUGUUUUGAGGCCUCAAAAUAGUUCGUGGCGAGAAUACUCGCUUCAUUGAUCCGCGACUGAAGCUCCAGCACGGGUUGAUACCUCCGAACAUAGGCAAGAUGAUAAAAGCAAUUCUGGUCUUCAAUAAUCACGGCAAGCCGAGGCUCAGCAAAUUCUACUGUCGCUACAGCGAAGACGAACAGCAACAAAUCGUCCGUGAGACUUUCCAGCUCGUUUCGAAACGUGAGGACAAUGUGUGCAAUUUCCUCGAGGGGGGAACCCUCAUCGGAGGCAGCGAUUACAAAUUGAUUUACCGUCACUAUGCAACUCUGUUCUUCGUGUUCUGCGUCGAUUCCUCCGAGAGUGAACUUGGGAUUCUUGAUCUCAUUCAGGUAUUCGUGGAGACGCUCGACAAGUGUUUUGAAAAUGUGUGCGAGCUGGACCUGAUCUUCCAUGUGGAUAAAGUUCACUACAUUCUCAACGAGCUGGUCAUGGGUGGCAUGGUCCUCGAAACGAACAUGGGGGAAAUCAUCACCAGGAUCGAGGAGCAAAGCAAAAUCGAACGCCAAGAAAACGGACUCAGUGUUUCCGCAGUCAAAAACAUCAAUAUAGGACAACAGAUUAAGGACAUCAAACUGCCGGAUCUACCCUCUAUCGACAAGACCAAAUUUGCGAUCCUGAGAACUAUGAAAGGACGAGACAGCGAGCACACAUUCCUUAAUUGAGCAUACACACAGUGUCUCGACCUCACCAACAUUUGAUAAUCAAGCGAUCGCAUCCGAGAGAGCUGUCGCUGAGCGGUACUGGUGAUGAUUAUUACUUACCUCU